GUCACUUCCUGCGCGCCCGCGGUGCAGGCUGGGCUAGCAUCCGGGGCUGCCUGUCGGGGUGAGCAGGCGCGAGGCGGAGGCGCUCCCGUUGUUUCCCUGCUAGGAGAAGGCCCCCACCCCGCCCGGCACCAUGGCGAUGCAAGCGGCCAAGCGAGCCAACAUUCGGCUGCCUCCUGAAGUCAAUCGGAUUUUAUAUAUCAGAAACUUGCCAUACAAAAUCACAGCUGAGGAAAUGUAUGAUAUUUUUGGAAAAUAUGGACCUAUUCGGCAAAUCAGAGUUGGAAACACUCCAGAGACUAGAGGAACAGCAUAUGUAGUUUAUGAAGACAUCUUUGAUGCCAAGAAUGCUUGUGAUCAUCUGUCGGGAUUCAAUGUGUGCAACAGAUACCUUGUUGUCUUGUACUACAAUGCAAACAGGGCAUUCCAAAAAAUGGACACAAAGAAGAAAGAAGAGCAGCUGAAACUUCUCAAGGAGAAAUAUGGAAUAAACACAGACCCACCAAAAUAAAGAUGAGCUCUUUUGGAAAGAUUUUAACUCUUGCCACAGUGUUUUCGGACUGAACCUCAUAAGGACCAUUAAUCAAGUUUGAUUAUUUUCAUUUGACCCUUUUACUUCUAUGCCUCAUGCAUAGACUAUUCAUUUUGAAGCUUUGAUAUUUUAAGUUUGGAAUUUACUAAAUAAAUGUAGUUCACUUUUGGAUUUGGUUUAAAUUACUUAAAUUUUAGUAAUUCCAUUAAGUGGACACACUUUCUCCUAGAUAUCAAGGAGACCUCGUCAUUGCUGCAUAAUUGUAGUGUCUGUUUCCAGUAAUAUUACCAAGUUUUUGAUUCAGUCCUGGUGAAAUUCCUCACCCUAGAUAGCUUGCACUAGACUCUGUGCACCACUUAGCUUCCAUCUUUAGGGUAAGUGGUCUUGUGUGGACUCUCUACAUAAGAGUGAAUUUCAUCCCAUAUAUGUAUAAAAAUCAGGCACCAUAAAUAGGGGAAAAAACCCACAAUUUUUGUAUAGAAAAGGGUUUAGUAUAUUUUGACACUUAUCAAAUAUUUCUGCUAUUGUAUGUAAGUUACUAUUUUUCUCCCUAUGGGAAUGUUUGAAUCAACCUAUCCUUUUUGUUAUAGGGAACUUGUGUUUGUUAUAAGGCUGCUGCUUAUAUUAAACAAAAAUUUCUCUGUCUUGUGUAGCUCUUCCCUUAGACUGGUGGCAGUAAGUAGAGGUCUGCAUUACAAGUCAUAAAUAUGUAUUGCCCUGAAAUAUAUCCAACUGUCUAGUAGAUGUUUUUCUAAGAAGUCAUCUUGUUGCCAGUGACUGGCUAAAAGGAGGGUGUGGGGUGGAAAGCUGAUGUGCUAUAUUGAACCAGGUCGGUGGGGAUGGGAGGGAGUGUUAAUAAAUAGAGACUGUUUUGGCUUAUAGAUGCUGAUACAUUUAAAGACAUGUUUUGCCAAAUGUAAAUGUUAAUGUAAUAUAGACAAAGAUUCUUUAGGAUGGUGAAUCACCAUAAAUGAGUAUUUAAACUUGAAAUUUACUAGCCAAUGCUCAAAAUUUGCUUACUCUUAGUUUGAUGAGGGAAUAAAACUAACAUUUGUUUACCCAAAAGUUGCUUGUGUACAACUUUUGCAAACCUUCCUAUAUGCCAUGUUAAUUUACUGAUAAUAUCUUUUCUCUUUAACAUGUUGAAGGGAUUAAAAGAGGAGUAUAAACAUCAUCAAACUAAUGAUUAAAAUUUGGGUAAGAGCUUACUAUCAUGAUGGGCACUAUGUAUCUGUAUGCCUACCUCCUAUACUACCUUAAAUGUUGACAUGUGUGUAAUUGUUUAUGUUAUGUGUAUAUACACACACAAAAAUACACCUACUUCAGUGCUCAGGUAAGGGGCUAGAUUGACAGAACUGGUCUCCAAUGUUGACCUGCUGAGUCACAGAACAGCCUUCCAUAGAGUAGGUUUUUUGCAAGGCCCGUUCAGUCUUUGAUGCUUUUGCUUUGAUUACCGCAAAGGGUGCCAGUUAUGAUACUUUGAUGUGAUUGCCUAACUACCAGAUGAAUUGUACGUAGACCAUUGGAGCAACGAUCAGGUAGUCUUUCAACUCUACAUUGGUGGCUCAAAUGCUGGCAGGGUAUGACAGAAAAUUACUGUCUCCUAUUUCUAAUUUCUGACAUAGCUCCUCUGCCCUUCCCUCUGGGGCCUCAGACUGGACAUCCUUUGUGGCUCUCUCUAGCUAGAGCAGGGUGUGGAACAUGUUAAGUAGAUGUGUUGGCAGAAAGAUCUCUCUUCCUUGUAGUCUGAACCCCCCACCCCACCUAUCUGGCCCUCUCCCCAUUCGAAAUCAGGCCAUUUAUUUAUGACUGUGGUACCUGUAGUCUCCAAUAAAGGGUCCCCUGUGCUAGAUACGACACAAAUUAAUUAAUAGAUGCAUUCCCUGCCUCAGAUAAUUCAGUCUAGGAUUAUGACUAGAUACUCUAGCUGAAUAAAUAAAAAAGGAGAGAUGGUUGGAGACAAAAUAAAAGCGAAGAUGGGUAUGUUUGGAUGAUCUCAAUGGUCACACUAGUCUCAGGUGGCCACCAGCCUAAUCAGCUGUGACAACUUAUGCAAGUACAUUUUUAUUGUUGCGUUAGCCAGCUAUUGUCUUGCCCACCCUGUGGCUUCUUGCCUAUUCUUCCCCCAUCACAGCCAUAUGAACCAAAGCUGUACACACUUAAUGUGUUCAGCGUUAACUAAAUCCUAAAUCCACUCAAAGGCCAGCAGUCUUCACCAAGCCCAACAGAUUAAAAUAAAUUGGGUUCUUAGGCCAACUCCUUUUGUGAUUUUUUUUUUUUUUGGAAGGUGUUUCAGAAGCGAGUUCCUCUUCUCCCCCAACCCCCAUAUCUUGGCUGAUUUACCUUAAACUUUCCAUAGAAAUCCUAUGCUGUUGCUGGGUGAAAUUUCAGAUGGAGUAAUUUAGGGUGAAAUUGGGUUGAUAGUAGAGCCAAAUUUAUCACCUUUAGCUAUCCUUGAGCUUUAAGAAAAUUGCACGAUGAGAGCCUAGACAAGGUGCCGAGUGUCCCCAGCCCUUUUGGCUGUAAGGUGCUGAAGGAACGCAGCACCGUGCUGGCUUGUGCCCUUACUAAUUUAGUGAAGUUUUGGCAUUUGGAUCCACUUCAUCUUUCAAUUUUGCUUAUUUUGAAUAGUAUGCAUAUAUCGUAUUUCCUCUGUCAAUAAGAAUUCUUUUGCUUGUAUUGCAGAGUCUGAUUUUGAUGAAAGCUUGGUGGUGUUUAAGAAAAAUUUUUAAAGCAAUUCUGUAGGGUAAUAAGAUUAAUAAAAAUUCUUUCAGUGAACUGUUAA